AUGAAAGCAUCGCUCACGUUUACCUUUUCCGGAAUAUACGUUCCCUGUAAGAUUUCCAGGGAUAUAUAUCUGGAAUUUGGCGAUACAACUGAAGGUUUAUAUGGUACAAUUGAGCUGCCCACAUACGGUCCAGCUUGUGCGUCUAAGAAAAUUAUACAAUGCUUCUUGGAUGAUUCGUUGCCCUUUUGUAGUAUUGUUUUACCUUCCAAACUUUUUGGGUUUGUACCGACACAACCGACCGUAGAUUUUUGCUAUUUUGAGCCGAUGCAAAGAGAUAGAAUACCCGUACUGGACAGCGUCGCGUUCAUGAUUAAUGAUCAAUUGUACUCGAAACUAAUGGUACUGCCGCAAGAGAUUCAGCAACAACAGUUUUUGCAUUACAAGUACGGUAUCAACUCCCUAGAAACUGUGGUUCAUGCUCGAGAUAUACUUACAUCAGGCCUUUGCCAAAUCUUAAGUUGUUCACCUUUUCCACAGGGAUUUGUAGACUUUACGAAGACAGAACUAGUAUUAAUCAAGGAUAUUGAUCAAAAAUUAAGUACCAAAAAGUAUAUCAACGAAGAUGAAGAAUACGCAUUACCUAAAAUUGGGACAAAUUCCGCUUUAUCAGUCAACCUUAAGUCCCUUCCUCACGCAAUCUUGAAAGAUCUUCUUCGUCCAAAAUCCUACCCCCAUGACGAUGAUUCUAUAUACGCAUUUACGGACGCUAAGACUCUAUUACGCCUGGACGUCACGAGUGGAUCCUUUAUAGCAGUCUCAAAUAUGGGCUGCAUCAGGCUAGUCAAAUUGUUCGUUUUCCUGCUCCCUAAUAGCUUCGAGAAAAAUGCAAUAUACGUACCACCUAAAGUUAUGGCAAGCUUUUCCGACUGCCACACUGUAACAAUAUCGAAGUCUAACAUAGGCUAUUCGGAUAUUCCAAUUGCUAAUCAAGUUUCCAUAUCAAGAGUAGGGGGCUGGCUGCAGUCCCAAAAGUGCUUUCAAAAUAUCAUUCUAGCAAGUUUGAAAAGUUUUUUUAGCGACAGCAAAAGAAUUCUUUGCCGGGAUGAUCUAAUCCCAAUUACUUUUGAUUCUAGCAUGGCCAAUCUGAAUAUAACAGAGAACACCGAUGAAACUAGUGACGAUGGCGGACUAAUCCAGUAUUUUAAGAAUGAUUCCCUUGUAUGGUUCAUCGUCACAAGUGCAGAGGUUGAUGUUACCUCCAAAGAUAAUGUCCAUUUCAUUAUUGAUCCUCAUCGCACCAAACUAAUAACUACUAAUAUAAUCAAUAAAAGACCUUUAACUUUUAAGAAAUGCGAUCUACAAAGAUAUUACGGAUUUGCCGAAACUUUUCAUUACGAUAUGCAUAAUUUCCCCUAUGUGAGACAGCUGAUCAACAUAUUAGAGACUUCAUUUAAUUGUUCCCAAAAAGGAAUUUCUCUUAAUGCCUCUGUGUUACUCCACUCUACUACCAAAAAUGUUGGUAAAGCUACUAUGGUGAGAUUCGCUUCAAAACAUCUCGGUGUACACCUGUUAGAAAUCGAUUGCCUUUCAUUGACCUCAAACUUAAGACAAAUGGAUUCAACAUCCAAGAUUAUUGGCUAUAUAAGAGCCAAAUGGGAAAAUGUGCUACCGUACACUUCCCCAGCUGUAAUAUUUUUGGCCCAUUUGGAUUCGAUUUUACUUGACGUAAAUGCCAAUCAAGACCCAGAGGCAAUAAAAUUACAAAAAUCUAUAAACUUUGAAAUGUCCAAACUAUUGGAAGAUUUUACGUCUGAAUUUCCAGGAACUACAUUCGUUGGUUCUGUGAGUAAUAUAGAUAGUGUGCCAUCAAGUUUUAGAUCACACAUGAGAUUUGAGAUCCUCAUACCAGUUCCAUCUGAAUCACAACGGUUACGUAUUUUUGAAUGGUACUUAUCUUCGUCAGAACUAAACAAUGAUGUCCAACAAGACGUCCCAUUGUGUUGUGCAGAUGAUAUUUCUUUUUCAUCGCUCUCCUCACAAUCUGCUGGGUUGACUCCUUUGGAUAUCAAAUCCAUCGUGAAAACGGCACGAAUGACGGCCACAACACGUUAUUAUCAAGAACUCAGGAAGUCUAGAUGGUGUGGACAAUCAAUUUUGAUAAUGCAAGAGGACUUGUCGAAGGCUAUAUCCAAAGCUAGAGACGAAUUUUCCGUUUCUAUUGGAGCUCCACAAAUUCCUAAUGUAACAUGGGAUGAUAUAGGUGGUAUUGAUUUCGUUAAAGGUGAAAUAAUGGAUACAAUAGAUAUGCCCCUAAAGCAUCCUGAACUAUUUACCUCAGGUAUGAAAAAGAGAAGUGGUAUCUUGUUUUAUGGACCCCCAGGUACAGGUAAAACUUUGGUGGCUAAAGCUAUCGCAACAAGUUUUUCCUUGAAUUUUUUUAGUGUUAAAGGUCCUGAAUUGCUGAAUAUGUACAUCGGUGAAAGUGAAGCCAAUGUACGUAGAGUUUUUCAAAAGGCAAGAGAGGCCAAACCAUGUGUAAUUUUUUUCGAUGAAAUUGAUUCUGUGGCUCCCAAGCGUGGGAAUCAAGGUGACUCGGGUGGUGUCAUGGAUCGUAUAGUUUCUCAGUUGCUAGCAGAGCUGGAUGGAAUGAGCACCGAUGCUGACGGUGUCUUUGUCAUUGGAGCAACCAAUAGGCCAGAUUUAUUGGAUGAAGCAUUGCUAAGACCAGGGAGAUUCGACAAGUUGUUGUAUUUAGGUAUACCAGACACGGAUGUCAAACAAUUGAAUAUUCUGGAGGCGUUAACUCGUAAGUUCGUGCUUGACAGCGACGUGAGGCUCAUCGAGCUGGCAAAACUAUGCCCAUUCAAUUAUACUGGUGCGGAUUUUUAUGCCCUUUGUUCGGAUGCAAUGCUUAACGCCAUGUCGAGAAUUGCACGUCUAGUAGAAACCAAAGUCUCCCAGUACAACGAAGCUAGUGGGGAAAGUAUUUCCACACGUCGUUGGUUCGAUAAGAUCGCCACAAAGGAUGAUACAAAAGUUGUUGUCAAAAUGGAAGACUUUCUGGAGGCACAAAAGCAGCUCGCUCCAAGUGUAUCACAAGCCGAACUGGAUCAUUAUCAAAGGGUGAGAGCUAAUUUCGAAGGUGUUUCAAUCAUAACGGAUAUAUAA